AUGCUUUCAUCCAGCUUUCGCCGCAGAGUCUCCUUUGAUCACUACGAUCCAAACCCCCAUGAAAAACACCCGCCUUCAAAUUGCAAAGAGCAAUUAUCUCCCACUAUCAAGCCAAUUUUAAAGAAUGACCUCCCCGCACAGCCCCGCUCAACAAAGGACAGCACCUUAUCUAUAAAUACUAUAGGCAAUUUCUCUUUGCCAGGUUCCCCUCAAGCGCAAAAGAGCUCCUUCUCAUCCAACAAUGCUGCUGACCAUAAUUCACUACAAUCCUCAGAGCCGUCUCGGGUUCACAAAUCACCUUAUGGGGGCCUGUCUGAUAGUGAAUUACUCGAGUUGGAUUCUCAAUUCAAUAAUAGAACCAUUGACUUUCAAAAAAGUUACGGUUUCUCUCCUACAUCAAGACUACAAACAAAUUCCAUCUCUAAUCGCAAUAAAAAUCUUAUAGAUACACAUUUCCGUAAUUUGUCCCCAAAUGCGAUUUUGAAAGAAUACCCCACAAAACCAAUAUUAACGAAAAAUUCCUUUUGCUUCAACUAUACACAUUCCAAAUUAGCUAAUAACGAUUUUAGUGAUCGGUUCUAUAUUGUAUUGCUAUCAAAUAAAUCGGCGUCGCUAUCAUCGAUCGACUACUUUUUGAACCAUAUUGCAUCUAAGGGCGAUACGUUGGUAAUUUGUUGUUCACUUUCAACUUCAAUUCUCGGCAAUGAUAAAACUGAACAAUUGGAGUCUUUUAUUGAAGAUUUCACUGACUUGAUUUUAUCCCAUAUUGGUGCUAAUGAUAAAAUUGGAGAAAAACCAAUCAGUGUCACUUUUGAGUUUUUCAAAUCUUUCUCGUAUAUGGAUGAAGUUUUAAAUUUGUAUCAACCUAGUGUUGUUAUAGUCGGGACUGCUAAUGAACAAACCAAAUCAACAUCAAUGACGACACCUGAAAGGAAAUUCAUUUCUGUGGUUCUAGUUGGUGAAGAUUAUAGAAAUAACAGAUUGAGAGAGUGGAAUGUCCCCCAAAAUACCGGUCUGAAUUGUAGCCAACCCCCAGUUUCGUCAAUUAGCUUCAAACUGCCAAUUGAGAAAAAAGGAUCAAACUCUUCUUCAUACGCUCCAUCAAUUCUGGUAAAUGAUAUUUCUUAUUCCUCCCAAGACUCAAUGUCUUCAACGACUAACUUGUCCAAAAUGAAGACAAAUGACACCACUGCUUCUUCUCUAUUUGACAACUUAAACGAAACACCUUUUUUGGAACUAGCUAAAACAAACUCAAACUCUUCAUCGUUACAAGUACCGCCAGACCAACAACAGCAACAGCGGAGAAGGAGCAUGUUGGCUGUUCUAGAUAAUGAUACCCUAAGUACCCUAAACAACAAACAUUCUGAACAAGAAUUUGCAAUUGACGAUACCCCGGAAUAUACCACUUUAUCUGCAAAGAAACAAUUACCUUUAGGUCAAACUAGAGAACAACAAGAACUUUUUUCUAAAUACGAGCGUAGAUUGUCGGGUUUGAAUGUAAAUAUACAACGAAAACCUGUUGAUUCGUCUUCAACAAGUAAGGAUCAAGUUGACGUGAAGGAAAAAUCAAAAAAUAAACGGCCAAAACAGAAGGGUUUAUUUGGCUGGUUCAAAUAA